CCGCGCCGCACCGAGGAUAUAUUAUUCCCUGUCGGUGGAUAGCUCUUCAACGCUUCAUAAGUGCUUCAUCGGUUCAACCGUACGGUCGAGUCUCGCUCCAGAGCUAGUGUUGAAAGUUUGUGAUUGGUCAACCCUAUUGUUUGCAGAAAGUUCAAGCAAAACCAAACCAAGCCAAGAUGUCUCUCAAGUCGAAGCUGAUGAUGGAAAUUGCCGAACCGAUGACCUCGUCGGGCAACAAGGUCACCGUCGUCGGUAUCGGCCAGGUCGGCAUGGCCUGUGCCUUCAGUAUUCUGACCCAAAGCGUAUCAAGUGAAGUAGCCCUCAUCGAUGUGAACGCUGACAAGCUCCAGGGUGAGAUGCUGGAUCUGCAGCACGGUUCCGCCUUCAUGAAGAACGCCCAGAUCCAGGCCAGCACAGAUUUCGCCGUUUCGGCUGGAUCUCGCCUGAUCGUCAUCACGGCCGGUGUCCGCCAAAAGGAGGGCGAGAGCCGGUUGAACCUGGUCCAGCGUAACUGCGACAUCCUGAAGGGUAUCAUUCCGAAGCUGGUCGAGCACAGCCCGGACUGCAUCCUGCUGAUGGUGUCGAACCCCGUUGAUAUCAUGACCUACGUGGCGUGGAAGAUCUCUGGGCUGCCCAAGAACCGCGUCAUCGGUUCCGGCACCAACCUGGACUCGUCCCGAUUCCGUUUCCUGAUGUCCCAGCGUCUGGGUGUGGCCCCGACCUCGUGCCACGGCUGGAUCAUUGGUGAGCACGGUGACAGCUCGGUCCCGGUGUGGUCCGGAGUCAACGUGGCCGGUGUCCGCCUGGCGGAGAUCAACCCGAGCAUCGGAACCGCUGAUGAUGAUGAAAAGUGGGGAGAGCUGCACCACGAGGUCGUCAACAGUGCCUACGAGGUCAUCAAGCUAAAGGGAUACACUUCAUGGGCCAUCGGUCUGAGCGUGGCCUCGCUGGCUUCGGCUCUGCUGAGAAACACUUACAACGUGCACGCCGUGUCCACGCUGGUCACCGGCGAGCACGGAAUCAACGAAGAGGUGUACUUGUCGCUGCCAUGUGUCCUUGGCCGCAACGGCGUGUCCCACGUGGUCAAGCAAAUCCUGACUGAGGCCGAAACCAAGAAGCUCCAGGAGUCGGCCAAGAUCAUGUCCGAGGUGCAGGCCGGCAUCAAGUUCUAGGUUAUGUAAGCCAUUAACUGUGUUUAGCAAGUUAGCAAAUACUAUUUAUAUUAAUUAGCAAAAAAAAAAACAAAAUACAGUGAAAGGCCCCUUAAGCACUCACUCAAUCUUUCUGACAGCACGCACACAACCAUACACCAAAGUCUUUGAUGUUGUUUCCUCUCCAACAAAAAAAAAAUGAUCCUCUUAUGUAGUCUAUGAUAGAAAGUAUUAAAAAAUUAAACUUGACCGUAACCAAAAACAAAACAAUCUCUGUUAAAUAAGGAUAAAGAAGUGAAAAUUUAUCGAUACAAGAAAAAACACACCCUACCUCGAAAGGCAUUUACGAUUCGCACUCACUCAAUUCGGCACUUGGGCAGAAUUGGAGAAAGAAAAGUUUGCUGCAUAGUUGAUGAACUCACAAAAGUCACUCGUUGAAGUAUUGCUUCACACAUAAAACUAACUAAGCAAGGCUAAGUAGCGCUUUAUUUUUUUUCUAAUUCAGGUCAACCUGUUCGUUUGAAGCGGGUUUGAUGCAGAACAGUGCAUUUCAAAGUUAUAAAACAUAGGGUUUGAAUGAUUGCUGCGAAGACGGUAGAAAAGAGCACGGUGGUCUCGUUUGUCGAAGAUUAUAACAGGAUUAGAAGAAAGAAAAAACACACUGACACACCAUACACCUUGAAUGAAAUAGAUGUGCAAAGAUAAGCCAGAAAUAAAGCAUCUCUGAGUAAAAAUAA